AUGUCCUCCAGAAUCAACAUUGCCCGCCCGAACACCAACACCUACAAUCCCGACCCCCAUGGCCUGUCGAACAGCACACGGCCAUCGACGGGCUACCGCGCUGCCAACCCAGACGACCCCCUCGAAAAAAUAAGGGCUUUCAGUACGGCGGUCGAAGACAAUAUUGAGAUCUACUCGCAACCCUUGAAGCCCCAUUUGCCGGCAAUUGGACGCUUCUUGAUCGUUGUGACCUUCCUGGAGGACUCGCUGCGAAUCAUGACUCAGUGGGGAGAUCAAAUCUGGUAUUUGCAACAACAUAGAAAGUUUCCCUGGGGGCUCUCCCAUAUCUUCUUGAUCCUCAACGUCCUCACCAUGCUCGGCGGUUCAUCAGCCAUUAUCCUCAAACGCUUUAGCGAAUACGCAGUUGCUGGUCUUUUGGCGGUCGUCAUAAUUCAAGGCUUCGGAUACGGUCUCAUCUUCGACCUCAACUUCUUCCUCCGAAAUCUCAGCGUUAUUGGCGGUCUUUUGAUGGUGUUCAGUGAUUCCAUGGUGACGAGAAAGAAGCUCUUUGCCGGUCUACCCUCAAUUAGCGAGACCGACCGCAAGAAAUACUUCCUCCUCGCCGGCCGUGUCCUCCUCAUUUUCCUCUUCAUUGGAUUCAUCAUCCAGGGAGAAUGGAAUAUCGCCCGUUUCUUUGUAUCGAUCGUCGGUUUUGCCGCUUGCGUCAUGGUCGCAGUAGGCUUCAAAGCGAGAUGGUCCGCCACGUUCCUUGUCCUCGUCCUUAGCGUAUUCAACGUAUUCGUCAACAACUGGUGGAGUGUCCACUCUGCUCACCCCCAGCGUGACUUCCUCAAAUACGACUUCUUCCAAACACUAUCUAUCGUUGGUGGUCUGAUCCUCCUCGUGAACAUGGGUCCUGGUGGUCUAUCAGUCGACGAAAAGAAAAAGACUUACUAA